CCACAACAGAAACACACACAUCAUGUAGGAAGCGUACUUCAUCUGCCUUCAACAUGUCCGAAGACAGUGCAUCAGACUCAUCCGCUUCGUCUACCGCCAGUGCUGCAACUGUCCGACCUUCUUCACGAGAACAAGCUGCUCCAAUCAUACACUGGACCAAGUAUUUCCAGCAAGAACUGUACCUCGACCACCAGACAGAGACGACGCGCGCGAGAUAUCAUGCCUACCUCACUCCCCCGACCGAUACCAAGAAAGGGCCGUUGUUCAUCUGUCAUCAUGGUGCCGGCGCAUCAGCAAUGUCCUUUGCCAUGUUCGCCGAGAGUCUACGCCAGAGACUCCCCGCAGCCGGCAUCCUCUCGCUCUCUGCUCGCGGUCACGGCUCGCUCGUCACCGAUAUCAGAACAGAAACAGAAGUCCUCGACUACUCCCUCGCUGCUCUGGUGGAAGAUGCCGUGGCCCUGAUCAGUCUCACAUCUCAACAACAAAAUUGGCCUAGCAUCCCACCCGCCGUCCUCGUCGGGCACAGCCUGGGUGGCGCCGUAGUCACCACAAUUGCCAACACGCAUUUCAAAUUAUUCAUGUCCAAUCUCGUCGGCUACUGCGUCCUCGACGUCGUCGAAGGCUCCGCCAUCGAAGCCCUCUCACACAUGACCACCUACAUCGCCUCGCGCCCGGCCACCUUUCGCAACAUGGAAGAAGCCAUCACCUGGCAUACUCGCUCCCGCACCAUUCGCGAUCCCCGCAGCGCAAAAGCCUCUGUCCCCUCUCUCCUCAUGCCAUCGCCAUCAUCAUCAUCCUCAUCCUCGAAAAAAGAAGAAAAAGAAGCAAACCUCCUCACCUGGAAAACCAACCUCUCAUCCACACAACCCUGGUGGCAAGAAUGGUUUCAGUCCCUCUCUUCCAAAUUUCUCACCGGCCGCGGAGCCAAACUUCUCAUUCUCGCGGGCACCGAUCGCCUCGAUAAACCGCUCAUGAUAGGACAAAUGCAAGGCAAAUUUCAAUUGGUCGUGAUUCCUGAAGCGGGUCAUUUUGUGCAUGAAGAUGUUCCUGCGAAAACGGUGGACGUACUCGUUGAGUUUUGGAAGAGGAAUGAUCGGAGUAAGAUGGUGUUGCCGCCGAAAGUGGACGAUUUGUUGAAGAUGGGGAAGAAGGUGUGAAUUUCUUUUCUUUUUUUUUCGGAUUGGUAUAGGUAGGGUAGGUGUUGUGGGGAAUGAGGUGCGAAAAGGAAAAAGGG